AUGCCCAAUUUGGAUAACAUGGGAAUUAUGGAUUACAUGGCUCAUGUAUCCGUGCAAAUGUCCUUUUCAAAAAUUACUCAGGUCUUUCAUAGGACCGUUUUCCCAAUUCACUUUGUUACUCCUCGAGUUCAACGCCUUCGGUCACCAAGAUCUGAUUUGUUUCAAGUGUCCUUUUCAAGAACUUAUACUCCUGCGUAUUGGGAGUUAUACGAAGAAAAUUGCCGUUUGAAAAGAGAACGUGCUGAAGUGUUUGAUGGUUACAACAAAUUCAAAGCAUUACAAAAAGAGAAACAACAACCACCGUGGGAGCCUUCACCGAAAAAACAAAGGAUCAUGACGCAGGGAACCGCUACUCUCUUUGCAGGAAAAAUCAUUCCCAGUAGCUGGGGCCACUUCGACGAAAUUGUGAAUAGAGGUUAUACUUUUAUUGACAAAACAUCACUAAUCACUGAAUUCAUUGAGUGCGCUUCAGGUGUUUCUCUCGUCGUUCGGCCGAGACGAUUUGGAACUGUUCAGAGAUACAAAAAUUACGGAGAGAUCAUGUCUACUCCAUCUACAAAAAGUGUGGAUCGAACGCCUAAGAAGAACAAAAAAGUUAGAGCUCAAGAGCACAAGACUCGAGAAAUAAAUGAUUUUAGUAAAGAAGACGUUGAAGUCCCACCUAACUACGGAUCUUCUAACGAUUUCGAAGAAAUGAAAUUUUGA